AUGUGGCACAACCUAACCCCACGCCUGAUAAAAUGUGCCAAUUGCCAGCUUGUACGAUGUGCCGCAACAAGUGCACAAUUGACCGAACCAGAACCUAAAGUAGAAGUGAAAGAAGCAAAGAAAACGAAGAAAGCGGAAGAGAAACCAAAGUUGGAAUGGGAACAAAAGAUUGCCGACUUCUUGAGUGUUCAGCUGGCACGGGAACAUCGACGAUACUCGAGUGAAAAGAAGAAGAAACGCAUCGAACAUAUCGUCAUUUGGUAGGAGUUUGUACCUAUAUUUAGUAUGAGUAAGGAUAGUUUGCCAGUAGCGGUAUUUAUAGUUAGGUAAAACUAGGGUGGGUUGGGCAGAUUAUGGUGAACAGGUAAGAUAAGGUAAGUUAGGGUAGUGUAGGGUAUGGUAUUGUAGGGUAGGGUAAGACAGAGUAGGGUAGGGUAUUAUAGAGUAGGGUAAGGCACAGUAGGGUAGGGUAGUGUAAGGUACGGUAUUAUAGGUUAGAGUAAGGCAGAGUAAGGUCCGAAAGGAUAAGGUAUUGUACAGUAAGGUAGGGUAGAAUAGGCAAUUGUAAUGCUGUAUACGGUAAAUUACGGCAACUCAGAGGCGAAUGCGAUAUGGUAGUUUACACUACUAUCUAGGCUGUGGUAUUAGAUGUUAGAGUGUGGUACGGUAAUUGGAGGAUAUGAUAUGAUAGGCUCUUUAGAAGGUACGUGAUGGUUUAAGAAAGGUAAAGUACGGCUUGCGUUGGUUACGGUAGAUCUAUGGUAAAGUAGUGUACUGUGGGGUGAGUUAGGGCAGGAUAAGGUGAAGUAGGGUAAGGAAGGGUAGAGUAAGGUUAGCUAAGGUAGGGCAGGGUAGGGUUGGGUAGAGUGUGUAGGGUAUGGUAGGGUAGGGUAAGGUAGGGUUGGCUAGGGUUGAAUAGAGCAGUUUUAGACUAAUUUAUAUUAUUUUAGCCACAUACGAGACCAGAAAAUAGUGCCACUUUUGUCAUAUUUAGUGCGAUUAGUACAGUCAAAAGAAGUCAUUGGUGGACGCGUGGAUUACAGCGAGGUAAGUUGACUUUAAAUGGCAAAAACUUUCUUUACAAAAUAAAAAACGGCAAGAACUUUUUUUAAAAAUAAAAAAUGACAAAAACUUUCUUUACAAACUUCUUUUUACAAUUAAAAAUUUUUAUAAUUUUAGGUAUUUGCCUCAUCACUAAAGCAUAUCUCCAAGCACUUAUCUCGAAUAGCCAACGACCACGAGUACCUACAAUCAAAUAAGGCAAUCCCAUUUUUUCACAAUUUAUUCGAAAUUCUGCCUGCCAUUCCAAUGACUUCAGACGACUCGAUCAGUGCCAUCGCAUUAACUUUGGCACGAUUGGAAGAGCUAACCACAAUUCCAGAUAAUUUGAAGAUAAAACGAUCAAAAGUCGUGGGCGCAGUCCAGAAACGACUGACCAUGGCGGUAAGGUCUUAUAAUGGCAACAACUUUCUUUACAAAAUAAGAAAUGGCAAGAAAUUUCUUUACAAAGUGUAAAAUGGCAAGAACUUUCUUUACAAUGUGUAAAAUGGCAAGAACUUUCUUUACAAAGUGUAAAAUGGCAAGAACUUUCUUUACAAAGUGUAAAAUGGCAAGAACUUUCUUUACAAAACAAAAAAUUGCAAGAACUUUUUUUACAAAUCAAAAAAUGGCAAGAACUUUCUUUACAAGACGAAAACUUGCAAAAACUUUCUUUACAAUCUUUAAAAAUGACUUUUCAGACGAGUACUCAACUGCCAAAACAGAAUCGUAUCUUCUUCAACGACGCCGAAUACGAAGUGAUAUCAAACUACAUUCAAUGCGGUUUCGAUCGAAUACCAAUGGAAGAAACACCCCCAAACCUAAAAUACAGUGACACACCUCUAGCCGAAACUCUAAACACACCCUGCCAACCGGUCGAUUACCAAGGCAACCCAUUCAUAAGUCAAAAAUGGUCAAAAAAAGAAUUUCGACAAAAGUUCCUGGAACUUUUGGACCGCGAACAGCGCUAUUGUAUUCAGGUGGAGAACUUCUCGAGGAAUAGUAUUGAAAAGCCGAUGGAGAGGUUGUUAGAGGAAUGGAAGUGGAGGGACGCCAUCAAAGGCUGCUUCGAUGUCAUGAGGAACAAGGUGUCACAGGUCAAUGGUAAGAUAGGUUUUUUGAAGAAAUAAUGGUUUUUGUAUUUUAAAGUGGCAAUUUUUUACUUUUUGAUAAUACAGGAGGGGAAGUAAAGGCAAAAAUAGGUUUUUUUUUGGUACUAAUGGUACCAAAGAUGGUACUGAUGGUACACUUUGAAAAAAUUUUUGCGUUUUUAUGAUUUUUUUAUUAAAAAAGAGGUAUAAACAACUUUUUUGGUGUUUGGUACUACUGGUACCUAAGGUGGUACUGAUGGUACACUUUGAAAAUUUUUUUAUAUUUUGUUGGAUUUUGAAUUUAAAAACGGUUUAAAAAAUUAUUUUUUUGAGUUGUGGUACUAAUGGUACUUAAGGUAGUACUGUUCGUACACUUGGAAAAAAUAAAAAAAUGAUCUUUUUAAAUUUUUAAAAUUUUUGAAAUUUCAGUAAAAUUGUUCAUCAACGGCCUGGACGCGGCCAAAGUCGCGGACCGCCUCUACGAAUGUGUGAUAGUAGCCCUCUGCACCGGUCAAAAAGUCCUCGCCAUACCCGAACUAGAAUCCGCAAUGGCUCACGCUCUAUUAGACUUGGCACAUUCCGAAUUCACAGCCAAUGUUCUCGAAAGUUCGACUGACUUAUUCACUGAAGUUUAUGAUAAAUAUCUUCAAUACUUUGACGAAAACAGCACGAUACCCAGAGAGUACACCCAACGAGAAUGGUGGUACAAGUGUGCCGAGGAAGCGAGGGUGGAUCCCAACUUUCAUAUCCCAAUGGGCGGGGUAUCAAAGGCGAGUACCGAGGAGUUGGGAGAGUUUUUGGUGUCAGUGGUGAUGAAUGCUUGCUACGUACCGCCUAGUCAGUUGAGGAAGAGUGGGUUUUUUAGAUCUUUGUUAAAGAUUUUUUGAAAAUUUGAAGUUUUUAAAAUUUUUUUUGAAGUUGAAAAAUUUUUUGAAAUUUGAUAAAAAUAAAAAAAUAUUGUUAUAUCAGUUGCUAUUAAUAUGAAAACUACGUUUUAAGUUUAUAUUUUAACUGUUUAAAACCAUUUUUGGUUUUAUUGCACGGUGCAAGCCUUUUUUUCCAUAGUAAAAGAGGACUGCACGGUGCAGUCGCUGUUUUCUAUAGAAAAAGACGCUUGCACAGUGCAAAAAACUUAAAAAUAGCUAUAGAAAGUAAAAAUAUGAAUUUACAACAGCAAAUUUAAAAUUUUUAAAAUUAUUACUUACAGAAAAACGAGGAAACAUCAAGGCAUUCUCCUUUCGCAAUGUUAACAUCGACGAAAAAUCGGAUUGGGUAGAAAACGCAUACAAAAUCAAUGUCAACAAAAUGAUACAAGUACAUCCAGCAUUGGUGGAGUUGCUAGAUAUUCAUCAAUUCAAACAUUUAUUAUUUCCGUUUCGUGCUUUGCCUACUACGGUAAGAGAUAUAUAAACUUUUUGAAUGCACUGUGCAACUUAAAUUGAGCCGUGCAGUCGAAUUUGAGCUUGCACCGUGCACUUUAAUUCGAGAUUGCAUCGUGCAGUCUGUUUUUGUUCUUGCACCGUGCAGUCUAAUUUGAGGUUGCACAGUGCAGCCAAUUACCUUGCUUGCACCGUGCAAAAUUCUCUUUAUCUUUACGAAAAAUGGAAAAACCUUGUCUACAAGCAAUAAUAAGCAUACAUUUAGUUGCCUCCAAGGCCAUGGAUGGACAAGGGCUUAUGUGGUCCAAUGUACACGAAAGAAUCCGAACCUUUGAGGAAUUUAUACGAAUUCAAGGACUGUAAUGUGAACGUUGAGAUGAGGAAACGACUACGAAAUGAGUAAGAAUUUUAAUAUUUUUGGUAGUUUUAGUUGUUUUAGGUACAUUUAGAAGUUUGAAAAUUGAUUUUGAAAAAUUUUGUGAAAUGGUACUCAAGUGGUACUGUUGGUACACUUUUUGGAAAAAGUGUUAAAAAUGGGUUAUGGUGUGUCAAUUUAAGGGCAUGUUUUAAAUUUUUUUGGUUUAUGGUACUAAUGAUACAACUGGUACACUUUUUUCAAAAUUAAAAAAAAACUUUUUAAAAUUUUAAAAUUUGCCAAAAUUGUGAGGCAUAAUAUUAUAGAGCUCAAGGAAGGCCAGUAUUCGACGCACUCAACGAUCUAGGCUCAACUCCAUGGAUUCUGAAUCAGGCUACACUCAAAGAACUGAUUCACGCUUUUGAUUUGUCUUUCAAGCCAGAUCAACGAGAGAUUUUGGAGAAUUUGGCCAUACCAAUGCAUCCAUCAACAGUCAAAGUACCGACCUUCGAAGAGGAGUUUGGAGUUCAUAAAAAAGUGGCAGAUGUAUCGAGUAUGGAAUUCAUACAAUUCUCGAAGAAACAAUACGAAGCUAGCAAGGAGCAGUGAGUUUUUGGAGGUUUUUGAAGUUUUCUAAGCUUUUUAUGUGAUUUUAGUUGAUUCAGAGGUUUUUGAUGGAGUUUUUGAUGAUUUUUAGACGUUUAAACAAAUUUUGUAAAAUGGUACUAAUGGUACUAUAAGUGGUACUGUUGGUACACUUUUAAAAAAUGUUUUAAAUUGGAUUUUUAUGAAGUUUAAAAGUAAAAAAAAGCUAUUUUGCUUGGUUUGGUAUUACUGGUACACUUUAAAAGUUUAUCGUUUAACUCUGUAAACAAAGUUUUUGCUAUUUUCAGAAACGAGACUAACUCUCUCUGGUACUGGCUGAUGUAUCGCCUGGUCCUAGCACGCCAUUUCCGCGAUGAAAUGCUCUACUUCCCCCACAAUAUGGACUUUCGAGGCCGAGUCUACCCAAUAUCACCUCACCUAAAUCAUAUGGGAGAUGAUAUCAACCGGUCGUUGUUAAAAUUCGCUCGAGGCAAACCGAUGGGCAAAAAAGGCUUUGAAUGGCUAAAAUUACAUUGUAUUAAUCUGACUGGACUAAUGAAACGACAGUCAGUGGAAGAGCGGCUAGCAUAUGCCGAAGAGAACUUGGGUACCAUUAUUGAUUCGGCCGAGAACCCAUGGAACGGUACAAAAUGGUGGAUGAGCUCUGAAGACCCAUGGCAGACGCUAGCGGCUUGUAUGGAGAUUAGAGAUGUCAUUUCGAGUGGAAUACGGUCGGAGAACUACGUAUCACACCUGCCAAUUCAUCAGGAUGGCAGUUGCAAUGGAUUUCAGCAUUACGCGGCCAUGGGCAGGGAUUUGAAGGGAGCGGCCGAAGUUAACCUGCUUCCAAGUGAUCGUCCGGCCGAUAUCUAUAGCAGUGUGGCGGCGAGGUAGGGUGGAUUUUGAAUUUUGGUGCUUUGUGAUAUUGUUUUGCAGGACGUGUUGUUUUUGGUUUGGGAGGGCAGGGUAGUCUGCUUUUUAUUGAAGGGCGGAAAAUUGAAAAAAAUUUUUUUUUUGUAAAUUUUUAAAAGUUAACAGGGGGGACCACUUUCAGCUUUUUUUCUUUACAAAGUCCUCUUCAGAGUCGAACAAAAGCGUCUCCAACACGAAGAGUCGGACGACGAAAAGCUUCGCGCUUUGGCCAGAGACUUGCGCGACCACUUGCCACAAGAAAUGCCUCGAAAAGUGAUAAAACAAACAGUCAUGACAACGGUCUAUGGUGUGACACGGUACGGUGCUGUGUUACAGGUCAAAAAACAACUCAAAGCAUUGGGAAUUCCGGGAGAAAAGUUGGGCAAAUUCACGACCUACAUCGCUGACAUGACCUUGGACAGUUUGAAUGAGAGCUUUCAGGCUUCUAUGUAGGUUUUUUACCAUGUUUGUAGGUUUUUACUGCUUACAUGGGUUUUUUACUAUGUAGGUGUCACUAGUAGAUCAUUUUGAGGGGUUCUUUAGGGUUUUUGCAAAAUGAUACUACUGGUACUCAUGUGGUACAGUUGGUACUUUUUUGGUAAAAAAAUUUUUUUUGUGGUUCUAAUUUGUUUUAAUUGUGUUUUUCGAGCAUUUUUGCAAGUGGUACCACUGGUACACUUUAAUGGUACUAUUGGUACAAUUUUUUUUUGAUAUUUUUAUUCAAUUUUUUAUGGCUUGUAAUUGAGAGAUUUUUUUCAGUUUUUAUAAGAUUUUCUGUCAUAUUGUACUACUGGUAUACCCUAACUGUAAAAAUCAAAAUUAUUUUUUGAAAUUUUGUACAUAUCUCGCCGUCAAUCCGGACGUAUUUUACAAAAUAAUUUUCAGGCAAAUGAAAGACUGGUUCAGAAGCUGUGUGUCAGUGGCAGUGAAACUUAUGCGACCGAUCGAAUGGACCACACCACUCGGCUUACCGGUCGCUCAGCCUUACGUUAAAGCCGCCAGAAAGCAUAACAAACUCUGUUUAAUGCCAAUUUUAAGCAAACAGGCGGGUUUUCUGACAAUUUUAUUGCGUUUUGUAGUUUCAUGGGGUUAGAAAUUGAUUUUUAUGGUGUUUAGAGACUUUUCAUAAAAUGGUACUCAAGUGGUACUAAUGGUACACUUUGGUUUCGAAAGGUGCUAUUGGGUUUUUGAUGUUUUGAAGGUUAUUUUUAAGUUAAAAAAAGCGUUUUAAAAAAUUUUUGUUAGUGGUACCACUGGUACUCUUGGUGCAUUUAAAAAUUUUUAAAAAUAAAUUGAAAUUUAGACAAAUGCCUUCCCACCGAACUUUGUUCACUCACUAGACUCGACUCAUAUGAUGCUAACGGCUCUAAAUUGCAAAAAGCACGGCCUGACCUUUGCCGCUGUUCACGACUGUUUCUGGACUCACUCAUGCGAUGUGGACAAAAUGAAUGAAAUAUGCAGAGAACAGUUCAUCAAUUUGCAUUCGAGUCCUAUCGUCGAGAACUUGGCUAAUGUAAGAGGGGGUUUUGUGGGUUUUUAGGGGAGUGGAAAGAAAGUUUUUGCUAUUUUUAGAGAGUGGAAAGAAAGUUUUUGCUAUUUCUAGGGAGUGGAAAUAAACUUCUUGCUUGUUUUCAAGGUUGAAAAGCAAGUUCUUGCCAAGCUUUUGCAUUUGCAGUAUGAAAAAUGAUGGGUUUCGGUUGUGCAGCCUGCGGGUGACAAGUUAUACGACGAAAAAUAAUUUGUAUUUUUAGACGCUGUAAAGAAAGUUUUUGCUAAUUUUUGGGUCCGUAAAUAAUCUUUUUGUUGAUGUUAGAGUUUAUAAAGAAAGUUUUUGCCGUUUUAAACAAAAAUUCAAAUUUCAGGACCUAAGGGUAACAUUUAUGCCACCCUCCCUUCUCCGUCUCCUAGACCUGAAGUCAUUGAACGAAUUUGAACAAAAACUCACACCCAAUAUCGAAAAAGGAGAGCUGGACUUGAAUUGCAUCAAGGAUUCAAUAUAUUUCUUCAGUUAG